AAGUAUUAUGCAAUGAGUGGGCCCAGCAAUUUUGGUUCAGGUUGCACUGAAGGAUUACCCUAUGGAGUCUUUGCCUUCUAGUACUGUAGCGCUAUGGAUCAAUGUUUUUACAAGUGGCUCCCCAUUUUGCAUAAUGCACGUGCACGUGGGCACGCACACAAGCACACGGGAGAUGUAAUACAAAGUCCUGCCGAUGGUUUCACACUGUCCCACUGAUCAACAGUGGUGGUAAGGUCACGGGCCGUAAAUAUAGACAGUGCAGGCAGCGUGGUUGCACUGGGGCCUGUACAUGAGUUUUUAUUAAGGGGGAUUAGUUCUUCCAACAGAAUCCAUGAUGAUGCGUAUUUGAGAGCUCCCUCAAAGAGCAGAACCUUUCCCGUCAAAUCUAACUCAAUAACCAUUUGCUAUAAAUGAUGUAAGUGUUUCUGACUGAACUAGAGGUUUUGCGGUUUCCUACUGAACUGGGUAAUUAGCAAGAAUAGUAAUAGACACCAAGUAACAAAGCAUAUCCAGUAGAAAAGAAGUGAACUACUGACAUGCUCUUUCACUAAUCAGGGAUCUCUUGGAAAAUGCAGUGCAGAAAUAGCCAUGAGUGUUUAGUCCUAAAGAUGACAACAAGAUAAAAAAUAAACUGGUUUAAUAACCAUAGCUUCCUGCUGUCUUAGAAUUAUUGUUGAAACUUUUAUUUGCACUGUAUCAUGUCCUGUUCUAGUCAGAUUUGGGCCCACAUAAAGACAUACCGUUCAGUCAGUCUGCUCUGAGGGACAGACUAGGGUUAAUCAGUCCAGUCCAGGCACUAAUGUGAGGCGGUAGCUUGUUGGUUUGAGUGACAGAGAGACCCCACUAAGGACCCUGCUGGGCAGAAAGAUAGCAGCUCACUAGACUUAUCUCCCCCUACCACAUCACGCCAACUGACACCCCCUCAGCAUCCACUACAGACCCUGUGGUAGGACGAGGAGGGGUGUUGGUUCCAUUGACUUAAAACACCACUUAUACAUUUAUGGACUAUAAUAAACAAUCAAUUGAACCACCUUUCAUUUUAAUUUAAGGGUUUCAAACUAUUUUAAAUACAUUGGACAAAGGGUAAGCUGCACCAUGAUAUUCAUGAAAUGUUUGGUCUACAAUAACAGUGCCAGUCAUUAAUAUUAACUUGUACUUGAUGUAGUUUCUAAGUCAUGUAAUUAAAGACCCUUACCUUACUAUAUGUUUGCACACAUAGUAAUGAUCUGGUUAAUGUGCUUUUAAAAGACACAGUCAUGUCUUACAAAAUGCCACAAUGUUUGUAAGAGGGCACACAGCAGGUUCAUUGGGCCAAAUAUAGCCGUUAUCAGUCACCGCAGCAUGAGUGCGCAGUUCACCAUAGUGAGCAGUGAGCAUAUCAACAACGCAUGUGAAGUGUAUCUGAAUGUGUCAGAGAAUGACAGAUGAAACCACAAAACCACCAGCUCCAAGAAGACCAUUGAGAAAAGGAGCUAUUUCCCAGAGUGACCUUAGCUCACCCACUCACAGCAUCCUCUCAAUCCUGGUUAUCAAACCCGCUCAUUGUCCUCACAUCAUCAGUGUCUGGUGAAGUGAAGUGAAGAGAACAGGGAGAGGAUGGGCGAGAGUAACAGAACAAUGAGCGUGUUCUUUCUGCUCUGUGUCAUAGCAGGUAUGCUAGCAGAACGCCAUACUCUGGAUGUGUGUGCCACCUGCCAUGCUAACGCCUCAUGUGAUGACAAGUCAGACGGCUCUGGCAAAGUUUGUAACUGCAAGUAUGGGUUUGUUGGAAAUGGGAGAACCCUCUGUCAAGAUAAAGAUGAGUGUCACAUAGGAGCCGGUAAGAUCUGUGGGCUGCACACCACCUGCUACAACACAUUUGGCAGCUACUACUGUACCUGCCUGACUGGCUACAGCCCUUCUAACAACAUGUCCAUCUUCAUCCCAAAUGAUGGAACCCACUGCCUGGACAUUGAUGAGUGCAGGAUCCGAGGCCUGUGUGGAGAGGGGGGUCAAUGCAGGAAUCUUGAGGGCAGUUUUGACUGCAGCUGCCAGCUGGGAUAUCAAAUCCACAACGGAGUGGAGCCCUUCCACCCUCACAGAGACAAAGCUUCCUGCAAAGUGGUUGACUGUGGCCAGCCUGCCUCAGUGGAGGACACGGUGCUGCUCUCAGUCACAGGGACCACAUACAGCAGUGUGGCCAUGUUUGUCUGUGAUGAAGGCUUUGUGUGGAGGAGUGGAGACAACAGCUCUGUGUGUGGAGCUGAUGGACUGUGGAAAGAACCCACCAUGGUCUGUGAAGACAUUGAUGAGUGCAGGAUCCCAGGCCUGUGUGGAGAGGGGGGUCAAUGCAGGAAUCUUGAGGGCAGUUUUGACUGCAGCUGCCAGCUGGGAUAUCAAAUCCACAACGGAGUGGAGCCCUUCCACCCUCACAGAGACAAAGCUUCCUGCAAAGUGGUUGACUGUGGCCAGCCUGCCUCAGUGGAGGACACGGUGCUGCUCUCAGUCACAGGGACCACAUACAGCAGUGUGGCCAUGUUUGUCUGUGAUGAAGGCUUUGUGUGGAGGAGUGGAGACAACAGCUCUGUGUGUGGAGCUGAUGGACUGUGGAAAGAACCCACCAUGGUCUGUGAAGAUGUUGACUGUGGCUCUCCCCCUGCCCUCCCUCACUCUUAUGUGCUGUGGAAUAAGAGGUCAAGGAUGGGCACUGAGGUGCUUUAUCAGUGUAACCCUGGAUAUCAUAAUGUUGGAAAGGGCAAUGUAUCCAUCUGUACUGCUGCUGGACAGUGGGAAAGACCGUCCAUGCUCUGUCAAGAGAUCUUGUGUGGAAGUCCUCCUAUAAUUGAAUCCACUGAGCAGGUGUGGAACAGUAAUUCAACCCCUGGCAGCACUGUACUCUAUUUUUGUAAAGAGGGCUUUCAUAACAAAGGAGGACAUAAUGUAUCCAUCUGUAAUGAAAACGGUCAAUGGACCCACCCAACUCUGUUGUGCCAAGAGAUAUUAUGUGGGGAUCCUCCUGUACUGCCUCACACAGGGCAAAUGUGGAAUGGCUGCUCCAACCCUGGAAGCACCGUGACUUACUACUGUAAAGUAGGAUUUUAUCACACUGGAGGAAAUAACAUAUCAUUGUGCACAAUUAAUGGUUACUGGACAAAACCAAACAUCUCAUGCAAAGGUAACAACUUGCUCAAAAUUGUUGUUAAUGCUGUGGUUGGUUUUGUUUCCAUUGCGAUUGUCCAGAGUCAAAUAAUAACUGUUUUCCCUCAAUUAAAUAAUGCAAUAUCCAUCCUUGUAGAAGUUGACUGUGGUGUGCCCCCACCCAUCCCUCAUUCAAUCAUGCUGUGGGAUAAUAUCUCUACUGUGGGCUCUCAGGUUGUUUAUCAGUGUGACUCCGGAUAUCACAACGUUAGAGAGGGAAAUGUGUCAGUUUGUACUGCCAGCGGAGAAUGGGAUGGAGCCUCUCUGCUCUGUCAAGAAAUCAAUUGUCAAGAGCCUGUUUUUAAACCUCAUGCUAAAAUGCUAUGGAACGGCACAUCACACAUUGACAGUGUGGUGUAUUACCAAUGUGAGGAAGGAUAUUACACCAGGAGCCUAAGAAACUACUCAGUAUGUGGAGAGAAUGGACUGUGGGAGGAUAUUGAUCUAUGGUGUGAAGAAAUAAGCUGUGGUCCCCCACUAAAGCUCCCCCAUAAUAAGCUCCUGUGGGAUCGCACCAGUAGGCCGGGCAGUGUGGCGCUGUAUGAGUGUAUGGAUGGAUUUUACCAGGAGAGUGGAAAUAAUAUUUCAACAUGUUUACUGUCAGGAGAGUGGGAGAAAGUAUCUGUAAAGUGCAAAGCUAAAUGUGGCCCGGUUCCCUUCCUUGCCAACUCGGAGGUGGUGUGGCAUAACAGAAGUGUUGUGAUCCACCGCUGUGUGGAUGGAUAUCACAGCUGGAGGGGCAGCAACGUCUCUUUGUGUGGCAGCUCUGGGGUGUGGCAGAAAGCUACACUGAGAUGCAUAGAAAUAAAGCCACCUAUCAAUCACCUAUUUGUCCUCAAUGAAAACUGUCUGCAUUGGAAAGCAGAGAAGUAUGAGGAGGACACAGAAGUUUACAAGGUGACAUAUAUAGGAUCCAGAGACUAUCAGAGGUCUUUUCAUGAUGAAAGGAAGCGGUUUCUGAGCUCCAAGGCUGACCAGCUGGAACUCUGUCUGUACCUGCUUCCAGUCACAAACUACAGCAUUUCAAUCACUGCAGUGUCUUCCAGAUACACGGCCACCAUCACCACUAACACCAGUUUACCAGUGCCUCCAGCACCAGUUGUCUACUACAGAGAAUUUGAGACUCCUGUACCAACUUUGAGGCUACACAGAUCACCCGACACACUGGACCCAAUAAGUUUGUACCAAGUGUUUGUGCUUCAUGUAGAGGGGAUUGUGAUAUUUGACUGUUCCUCUCCGGCGAGCUCAGACCCCUCAAGCAAAGUAAAGUCCUCAACAGAGUACAUCACUGCUCAGAUUGAUGUCAGACAUGUUGGUACAGAGAUGAACUUUACUGUAGGGGAUGAACUCCACUAUGGAGGCUUCUUUAAUGCCCCACUGGAGAAUGGCAAGGACUAUUAUAUCAUCUUACGAGCGGUCAGUCAGUGGAAAAUGGCUUUAAAAAGUUCCUGUGUCCUGUGGGCUAAAGUAAGAGGUACUUCACUGGCCAAACUACCCAAACCCUAUAGUGUAAUUUUUAAAAUUAGAGAAAGGACUUUAAAAUGCAGUGUAAAAUGCAAAAAACAAGCAGAUGUAGAAAGUUGCCAGUUACUCACACGCAGCAUUUCCUUGUGCCAGGUAUAUCCUAUGUUCUGAGGGUUUCAUCUCUGUCUGCUGCUGCUGCGUCAAUAGGACUGGUUGCCUUGGUCACUUUGGGUGGCUACAGUUACACCUGGUAUGGAAGAUAGCACAAUACGGUGCAUUACCCACCCUGUUAAUGUUUUUUUUUUAUGUGUGAAACAACAUUGACAUAAAUGUUCACAGACCAAAGUCAUUCUAGUGUUUCUAGAAUUUCAAAAAUGAAAUACAUGCAUGCUCUGGAUAUUUCAGUUUUAAUAUAUUAUACGUUUUAUUUAUUAACAUAGUAGGGAUUGUAAUCACACAUAAAUGUUCAUUUUUAUUUUGUUUUUGGUGACAAAAUGCAGUAAUCCUGUAUACAGUGAAAGUGGCCUGUUACAUUUCACUAAUGAAUGACUGUAGGCUACUGUAGACACAGAUUCAAUUUCAAUUACAUUUUAUUUAUAUAGCGCUAAUUCAUAACAGAAUUUAUCUCAUUGCACUUUUCCUAUAGAGCAGGUCUAGACCGUACUCUUUAUAAUAUUAUUUACAGAGACCCAACAAUUCCCACCAUGAGCAAGCACUUGGCAACAGUGGCAAGGAAAAACUUCCUUUUAAGAGGCAGAAACCUCGAGCAGAACCAGACUCAGGGUGGGCGGCCAUCUGUCGCUUCCACUGCUGGUUGGGUUGAUGUUUAGCACAAGUUCAGGUAAAACACUGCACAGUACUUAUAAUUAUAAUUUAAUGACCUGGUUUCCCUCUGUCUUCUUUUCCAGGUGUGUCAAGAAGACACGACACUCCUAAGUUCUGAUGAGUCUUGACUUCCUACCUGUACAUUUUGUUUUGUACUUUUUGUAAAUAAUUUUAAUAAAUCUUUUUUCGGUAA